GGAAGUCUCGUGCUAAGGUCGCCUGAGGCUGCCGUAGCCCGAGCGCGCGUCGGUGGCUGACGCGUGGGCCCGGAGGCCUGAUAUAGCGCCGAGGCACCAUGUUCCUCUCCGCUCUCCUCCUCCGCAAUCGCAUCCCGGGCAGGCAGUGGAUCGGGAAGCACCGGCGACCGCGGGCCGUGUCCUUGCGCGCGAAGGAGAACAUGAUCCGACGCCUGGAAGUGGAGGCCGAGAACCACUACUGGCUGAGCAUGCCCUACAUGACCGCGGAGCAAGAGCGCGGCCACGCUGCCCAGCGAAGGGCCCAGGCUUUCGAGGCCAUCAAGGCGGCCGCCACUUCCAAGUUUCCCCCUCAUAGAUACGUGGCCGACCAGCUCGACCAUCUCAACGUCACCAAGAAAUGGUCGUAACUCGGAGCCCUCACCCUUCAAGUUUGUCGACAGUGUCCUAGAACUGGAAAAAACAAACACACAAAAAACUAUGUAACAGUGUAACUCAUUAGGCCAGAGUCUUAUUAAAACAAACGAGCAACAGUU